AUUGGUUGAAAGAUGCCCGUGAUUGGGCUAUAUCAAGAAACAGGUACUGGGGCACACCUAUACCUCUGUGGGUCUCUGAUGACUUUGAGGAGGUUGUGUGUAUAGGCAGCAUUGAUGAGUUGGAAAAAUAUUCAGGAGUUAGAGUGACCGAUUUGCAUCGUGAAAAUGUUGAUGAUAUUACUAUUCCCUCGAUUCGUGGUAAAGGUGUCCUUAGACGCGUCACCGAAGUCUUUGAUUGCUGGUUUGAGAGUGGGAGCAUGCCUUAUGGUCAGAGUCAUUAUCCGUUUGAGAAUAAGAAAGCGUUUGAUGCUAAUUUUCCGGCCGAUUUCAUUGCCGAGGGCAUCGAUCAGACUCGUGGCUGGUUCUAUACUCUACUAGUGGUUGCUACUGCUUUGUUUGAUAACCCGCCAUACAAGAACCUCAUCAUUAACGGACUGGUCCUGGCAGCUAAUGGUCAGAAGAUGAGCAAGAGGUUAAAGAAUUAUCCUGAUCCGGUCGAAAUUGUCAAUAAAUUUGGAGCUGAUGCUUUGAGGUAGAGCUGAAACGGAUGUGGUAUUUUACUAUCCGGAUAUCCUGUUGAAAUUUCUUUCGGAUAUUUGCCGGAUAGUUAAUUAAUAAAAGUUAAUUAGUUAGUGACUGCAGACAUCAAAAAAGCAAAGUUUUUAUUCCCCAGGAUGUUAUUCUUGUACAUUUCUGGUAGUUAAGAAGCUCAAAAA